AUGGGAUAUUCAGAGAUUGCUUGUCAGAUUUGCGGCAUGAGCUUCAACAUUGGCCGCCUUCGAACACCGACAGAGCCGCGAUCCGCUGCAUGGAACUAUACAGGAUAUGGUAAUGGCGGGUUUCCCCGUCGGCAUUCAGUGUCCUCCUCGAGGGCUUGUUCGCCAUCAGCAGGAUGCAAGGUCGUUGUCCGCAACCCUGUUCAGGCUCCAGAUCUCACCAUUAAGGUUGAUGAAGAUGGGGAAGAAGACGGCGAUUACAUGCAUCGGUCGUCGGAAGAAAUUUCCGAUCCCUAUGAGUACGAUUCCGACUAUGAGAGCGAGCCAAAGACCGCCAUGGACGAGGAUGACGAUGCCAUGUCAUGCUCCUCGGAGGCCUCGGACGUAUACAGAGCCUUCAUUCAAAGUUUGGCUCCUCCUGCGGCACAACCCGAGGUCAUGCUGCCGGAGCGCGACGCGCCAGAGGAUGACACGAUUGAGUAUGAACAUAUUGCCGGUGGACUAGAUUGCAAGUGGUCUGAACAUACCUACUGUGACGGAGCUUUCAAUGGACACGCUAUCUCUGCAGAGGACAUGUUUGGAUGUACCACUUUGCAAUGCCUUGUUCCCAAGGACAACGACGGGGAAUGGGAAUCCGAGUCCGAUGAUGAGGAAUUCGAAAAGUCCGGCAGAUUCUUCCUUAGCGGUCUCUGUGAUACAUCUCCGAGCCGAGACAUGAAUUGGCCGACAGUGUUUCCCUCUCGGCAUGAUUGCAGCUCCCCAAAGGCUGAUAACAUUUUUUAUAUCACCGAGGAGGCCGAAGAGUAUUCUAUGCCAUUUCAUCCGACGUGCCUCGAAGUUUUUAAACGUGCUUCCAUGCUGCGAAACGGGGCUGUUGAUUACGAAGGGCUCAUCAAUUGGUGGAUCAUUGAGGGCGGGGAUGGCUACUACAGUUUCCCUCGAGAUCCCGCUGUCAAUCACGACCAGUGGUUUGAACAUGUCGCCGGCAACGAAUUCCUUGUCGCGAAUCCCUGUAUUGGUGCCAAAUGGGGAUCCAUUUUGGCUGCCUCGGAUCGGACAGGUGACCCCGACUUUGGUUACGAUACACCUGUAUUUGGAGAAGUCGACUGCGCAUCUCAUGACCUGUUUGCCCAGCUGCCGCGAGAGUUGCGUUUUAUGGUGCUAGAGGAGCUGGAGUCGCGAGACAUUGCGAAUCUCCGACUCGCCUCUCGGUCCUUUCACCAGCUGCCACAAGCACUAUUUCGCAAGUUGACCUUGCGGGAAUUGCCUUGGGUCUGGGAGGCAUGGUGCAGUCUAGGUUACUCUAAAUGGGUUUAUACCAGGGCUGCCGAAUUGCGCCGCAGAGAUGAACAGCGAGUCGAACGUGGACAACCAAUCUGGCAAGCGAUAGAUGUUCUCGAAGAAGAUGCUCGCAGUCAUGGAGAUGAUGGCUUGCAUCAGGCUGCAAUUGCUGCGUUGACCCAAGCUGCCGACAAAGAGGAAAACGAGCCAGGUCCUCUCCCUUCAACGGCAUCUUUGCCAGCUCCCGAAAAGACAGAUUGGUAUCGUUUGCGUUGUGAACUUGCUCGGAAUAUGCCCCGUCUGCUGGGGUUGAGAAACAGGCGUCGAAUUUGGAAGGACUGCGAGGAGAUCCUUGAUCGGAUUGCACGGUAUCGUGAUGCUGGAACUAUGAUUUUGGGCGAAACGGUCAAUGCACGUGAAGUGGCUGAAGCGGCUGUCGAGCGAACAAUAGAAGCAAACCGGCGAUGGCACAAUUACUGUCAAGCUGGUCGACCUGGAACUUACAAUUUCGAUGAUUGGGCUUGA